CUGCUGUAAAACACAAUGAUAGAAUGAAUGCAAAGAGCCAUAUGAGCACUUCCUGUUGAUGCAAAAAUUGCAGCAGCAACUGUCUGACACAUCUGGACUGGAGAGGGGGGGAGGCCUGGCUGUAGUGUUUGCGAACUACUGAGAGGAAUGGACAACGUCUAAUGAUAUUCUGCAAGACGGCUGUCGACAAACUGGAGAAACAUAUCCAAGAAAUGGACGACGGCAGCUACAUCGAGUUUGAUGUGCCGGAGUUCAGUAAUACAGUUUUGACCCAGCUCAAUGAGCUGCGGCUGCAAGGAAAGCUGUGUGACAUCAUUGUUCACAUUCAGGGCCAGCCAUUUCGAGCCCACAAGGCUGUGCUGGCAGCUAGUUCACCCUACUUUCGUGACCACUCAGCUCUCAGCACUAUGAGUGGCCUUUCCAUCUCGGUCAUCAAAAGCCCUGAGGUGUUUGAGCAGCUUCUUGCAUUCUGCUACACUGGUCACAUGUCCCUGCAGCUCAAGGAUAUUAUCAGUUUUCUCACUGCUGCCAGCUUUCUGCAGAUGCAGACCAUCAUUGACAAGUGCACCAAAAUUCUGGAGAGCAUCCACUCUAGGAUCAGCCUCCCAAUUAAUGUCUGCAGCCCAGAGAAGGAUGACUCACAGACCAACCGCAAUGGGGUCAAUGACAGCAGCCUCUUUUUAAACCCUACCCAGAUCUCCCCCCCUUACUACUCCCGGCAGAGUCAGGGCCGGGGGCGACAGCAGCAAGAGGAAGGCCAGUCAGACCGUGGCAGUAGCGAUAGUGUGUCAGAGCAUGAUACUCCCAUGGAAGGAGAAACGGAGCAAGUGGAACUGAUUGGCAAAGAUGGGCAAGUAACAGAUGUGCAUGUGAAGAUAGAGAAGACCGACAGACCCACUUAUUCAGAUAGUUCCUCAGCUGGUGAUGAUGGCUACCACACAGAGUUGGUAGAUGGAGAACAGGUGUUGGCAGUGAGUGUGGGUUCUUAUGGUCCUGUUAUCCAGUCUGCUGCCUAUUCUUACUCAGGGCUGUCCUCCCCAUGCUUUGUUAACCUUAGCACCUCCAGUCCCUCCCGCUCAAUCCUCAGUGGCUACAGAGGUGGGCGAGCCAGGGCAAAGCGCCCUCUGACCAUCCCAGCAGGGAUCCUGAGUCAUAUCAAGCCAGGCUCAGAAGAUGGUGAAUCAACUGUAGGACCCACAGGCUUGGAGAACAAUGUGCGAGAGCAUAGCCUGCGGAGCCAGUGGUAUCCUUGCAAUGAGAGACUCAUUUGCAUCUACUGUGGAAAGUCCUUCAAUCAGAAAGGGAGCCUGGACCGCCACAUGCGCCUGCACAUGGGUAUCACUCCAUUUGUUUGUAAAUUCUGUGGCAAGAAGUACACGAGAAAAGACCAGCUGGAGUAUCACAUCCGUGGCCACACAGACAACAAGCCCUUCCACUGUCAGAUCUGUGGCAAAUGCUUCCCAUUUCAGGGCACCCUUAACCAGCACCUGAGGAAGAAGCACAUGGGAGCAUCAGAGGGUAGCAAUCAUAUGGACUCUCCAGAGAGGACGGAGAGAAGCUCAGGUCAGAAGGACCAAGAGGAUAUGUCUGAGGGGACGGCCUUUGAGGCCCAAUAUGCAGAAGAUGCACCAGCCAAUGAUAUGGAGGAGAGUUCAAAAUGCAGUCCAGAGGAGGCCCAAGCAUCAAGAUGUGAUUUUUAGGUCCUGCUUCAGGUUAAGGAAGCUUUAAGAGAUGUUUAUUUCAACUCAAAUUAAAGGAUUAUUCUCUCUUUGAUCAGCUCCCUCUACAAUGGACAUUUCUUGCAUCAAGGGUAUCUUUUGAUUUUUGUGAAAGUUGUUGAAUGCAGAGAGCAAAUGGGUGCUUUAUAGAAAUUUGAUUCUUUCAAACAAAGGGAGUAACAACUUACUAUUUUUGAGGAGGUCCCAGUAAUCAAGACCCCUGAUUGAUUUCUCUUUUUAUCUUUCCAAUGUUUUUAAAACAUAUUUACAGAGUUAUAUAGGCAUGUUGCAAUAAUUGAUAAUGUGAAAGCUCUGGUAAGAUGCUUGUCAUAUCACCUUUUUACCUGACCUCUUUUUGCACAUGUGGCCACAGGAGGUCACUUACUCACAAGGAAUGAUUUUCUGCCAGUGCAAAGCUUCGUGUGACAUACUCGUUCAAUACCUCAUGAUGCAACUACAUACUCAUAACAGACAGUAUUUUAUCUUAACUGAACUCACCAGGUUCUACCUCAUAGCCAAGAACCUACCAGGCACAGAUGUGUUCACCGUUUGAAAUUCGUUUUAGGUUGUAUGUACAGAACCCUGUUGCCAAUCCUUGUAAAGAAUAUUCUCUCAACGCAAAGCCUUGAUACUUAGGGGAAAGAUUCCUUGCUGAUUGUAUGGAUUAUAGACAAAGUUCUUGUCAAAUGUUUCAUGGUCUGCCAGGUUAAAAUGAUGAUUAAGAAGGUGCUAUGUUAGGAGUGCGUUAUAUUUGCUAGCUAGCUUGUGUGUUUGUUUUUGGCAAAUGCAGAGGAUAGAGCAAGAAAAUGCCCCUGUGUGCUAUUGAGAUAUGAUUUUGGUGUCUUACAAUGUUUGUUCUACAAAACACUUAAGAAUUUUAUUUCUCGCCACUACUAGAGAGCUCACUCUAUUGGCCAAGGCGUGGUGUCAGUGCUGUCAUCCAUGUAAUGGGUGAGUUACACCCCGACAGUGAAGUCAUUUGUAUUCCUCUAUACUCUGAUGGCAGAUUUAUAUUGAUCUAUUGUAUGUGUAACUUGUUUUGUCCUAAGGUAGGCUUCUAGGUUAAUACUCAGUGUCUAACGGUGACAAGAGCAGUCAUUGUCCACUCAGCACAGCAGGAACAGCCCUGGGUCUGUUCAUAUAAGUUAAUAUAAUAUACUAGGCUGAACAAUAUGCAAACAAAGAGCAAAGGAAUCUCAGCCAUUUUGACAUGGUAUUUCUUCCAUGAUUUGAAAGAGCUAGUGGUGUGUUUCCUUGUUUUCAUUCAGUUCUACCUUUUACGACUGGACAACUGAUCUGUGGCCUUUGUCCUCUGCCUUCUCUGGCUGGGGUCAAAUGCAGAUUUGUAACAUGGUUUCCUCAUUUGUCAGUUUUACUUUAAGGCAGUGACAUACAUGCAGCAUAGCUAGAUUAAGGCUAAGAGCUAAAUAUUACUAGAGGUAGCUGGUGAUCCAAAGUAUUGAUGCACUUUGCAGAGUUAGUGGGUGCGAGGGUCUGAGCGGUAAAAGGAGGGAGUCUGUCUUAAUUCGGAUGCAGCAACAGUGUCAGAGUAGUGGUGUCUUCACAACAGUGAUUUUUCCUCUCAGUGAAAAUGUUGUGAACUUUGAUAAGUCUCUGCAAUUGCAUGAAUACUAUUGGCCCCUUGUCGCAUGUAUGGCAGCAUUACCUAUACUAUACUAAAUAGUAUAUUUUACCUAUACUAUCGGAACCAUGGGGGUGUUAGAAAAAGACUUGGGUUUUUUAUGAAUCUAUGUUCACAGUAAAGGCACUUAGAAUGCCUGAUUGAUUAUUUUGCCAGUGUAAAGCUUAGCUGGGUGAUCCCUUCUUAUUUGCCAUCCAACUAUUUAAUGCCUUUUUUUUGUUUGUUCGUGAACACCUACUUAUAUGCUUUUAUUUUGUCUUGUCUAUGCUGAAUUUGUGUCAAUGAAUUGAGUUAGAUUAUUUGACAGUUUUCAUAUAAUUUUCUACUUUGUGUGUGCUUGGUGGGAGAAUAUUGUUUGGUUGUUUAUUUUUAAUGUUAGGUCAAGAGUGCAGUCCUUAUAUUCCACUGAAUGUGCUGUCAUCAUCUUUACUCAUUGACAGUUCAAACCAAAAUGUAGGCAAUUUAGCAAAAAUCAGUAUAGCUAGCUUUUCAUUAUCUUUUUUUGUGUGAUUCAUCACCAACACUUUUUGUCAUCAACACCUACAAUCUGUCAACCUAAACAGUCCAUUUUAGAUGAAUGUUUACUAAAUUAAGUUGAUUUCUGUCACACGCUGAUGUAAUGUACAGGUUUGACAGCUGAUCUGACCUCACCAAAAUCACUUGCUGACUAAUUUGAACCUCCCUAUAAUGAUUCUUGCCCUUCAUUUGGAAAAAAGGAGGAAAUACCUACCUUCUUGUGAUAUUGUCAGUCAUGUUUUGUCAGCAGUAAGUACAAACUGCUAAACAAUUUGUGCCAAGAGCUGACACCAAAGACUAGUAGCAAAUUCUGACUGUAUUGCAAUUGAAUGGUCAUUAAGAAGAAUAGUUUGUCAAGAUAAUGUUCAUUGCUGUUUGCGAGGAAUGUGCAUCCCCCAGCUUAUAACAAUCACUUGUAAAAUUUGAACAAUUUGCUAAGAAGACCUUAAGCAGCAAAGUCAUAAAUCGAUCUGUUAAGCCAUACAGAAGCUGACAACAUAAAAGGUGUGCAAUAGGUAUUGUAAUUUAAAGCCAAUGUAAACAAAAGAGAGAAUACUUCAUAAAAAGUGGCAUCUUAACUUAGUGCCUUGCCACAGGCUUUACAUUUUAGAUCCUGGCACUUAGAUUUUUGUGCCUCUUGAAUUUUUAAAUUGAUUGAAUAGAUUAUUAUAAAAUGCGGCCACACCAGUUAUUGUAAAGUAAUACAACAAGAAGUAGAAACUAAUGUAUCUCUUGUCCAUUUUGUAUUUUCCCCCCAGCUCAAGACCUGCCCUCCUUUAUCACUUAUUAAUCAUUAAUUGUUUUUCUGUCUUGAGGUGUAACUAAUUUUGUAACAGUUGAUUACAAUCAGACAAGGCAGACGUGUCCCUGUAAGCCAUCGCCCCCAUGUUCCAAGACUAUACUGUAUCCCUCCCCUCUAACCACUAAGGACAAUCUUAGCAAUGUACUGUAGUAUUAGGCAUUUCAUUGAAGUCAGGAGAUGCAUGAGAAAAACAAAUCUACUUCCUCUCUGUUCCCUGAGCCAGGAGACUAAGAAAAAAAAGAACGUAUCCUCAUAUACUGUAGCUGAAUUGCACGUUGCUCAACCAUAAACUUGCCAAUGGAUAACUUUUUUUAAUCCUGUUUUCUUCCACUUGUGUCAUCAACUGUGCACUUUCAGUUUUUCGUUGAUAGUGCAUACCAACUACAUCGGGGAAGUGGAGUUUAUCUCUGUAGGUACCCUUAUGGGACUCGGUUAUAAUGGUGUCAGUCACUUUGAUAGAGAUGUUUUCCCCUUAAAUGGUGCUUUUAGACUAGUCAGGUUAUGUUUGUUUUUUUUGUUUGUUUGUUUAAAUAAAUGAGUGAACAAGUCAUCAUAGGCUGAAAUGCUAUUCAUGAACUAUAGUUACAUAUGUGAUAGUACACACCUACAGAACCAACCUAACUUGGCACGCACUUGAAUUGGCUCUUUGUCUCUCUUGGUUCCACACCUCUAAGAGGAACAGGACGUGUGUUAUGGGCCACCAGUUAUCAAAAGGAACUGUUUACAGGGAAGGCUGUCAGACUACUUUUUGAAAUCGCAGCUCGCCCUACUCCUUUUAUAAGAAACUCACUUCAGGUAGUGUACGAACACUGAUACAGGCGAAGAAAAAAUAUCUUGAGUCUUCCAUAGCUUUUCUGUCAGUUGCUAUCCACUGUGUAUUAUAUAAAAAAGCAAUAACCUUUUUAAAAGUGGUGUAUUGGGAUCAUCAAGCCUAUUGAAAUAUUGGCCUGUCAUAUAUCAAACAGACAAUGUCAGGGAGCUGUUGAAUUGACGUCGGACCAGGUCAGUUUGAUAUUAUUUUUUAUACCUUUCCUGAAACUUUGGACAGGUCGACUUCCUCUUCAGAAAAAAAAAAAAGCAAAGGAAGGAAAGUGGUGUUGCUUGCUGGUGUUCUAAUGCUCAUCAAAAUCCAGUGGUAGGUGUUAAACUGCAGCACAAGAACCGAGUGCGUGCUUCAGUCAUCUAACUCAGUGGCACUGUUCAGAGAUGCACCUCCAGCUGUGUCAAAUAAUGAAAGGGAUUUUGGGCUGUAAAGCCACUGUUUAGGAGCGGGCUGUCUGUUGUCAUGUUGAAGUUCAGCGAUCUUUGGUUCCUCAGGCACUGAGGCUGUAGUUGUUUUGGUUCAGAGGGGAAGUUUUCAGUCUUUGCUAUUGUUCCUUUUCCUUGUAUAACUCCAUAAACUCUGCACUAGUAAGGUCUCUGGCUUGUAUGUAAGUUGGUG